UGUGGCAUUUGCGUUAAGCUUUAUGGGGUUUAUCUCAUACUAUCGCCUGUUUAAAUCCAUUCGCCCUGCAACACUGAAGCAAAAUAUAGUUGACUGUCCCUUUAAACGACGCACGGGAAAGGUGACGUCAUUUUUCUAAGUGCGCAGCCUUGGCCAGGAAGGAAGUGGGUGUUAGCUGACUUAACGUUAGCAAGCUAAAAUUCCGAAGUCCGCCGUGGGUUCUAUGGAAGAGAUGUCAGGAGAGAGUGUUGUGAGCUCGGCGGUGCCGGCAGCUACAACCCGGACCACUUCAUUCAAGGGCUCCAGCCCCAGCUCCAAGUAUGUGAAGUUGAACGUGGGUGGGGCGCUGUACUACACCACAAUGCAGACACUGACCAAACAGGACACUAUGCUCAAGGCCAUGUUCAGUGGCAGGAUGGAGGUCCUCACAGACAGUGAAGGCUGGAUAUUGAUUGAUCGCUGUGGGAAACACUUUGGAACAAUUCUGAACUACCUUCGAGAUGGGGCAGUGCCACUCCCCGACAGCCGACGAGAAACUGAAGAACUGCUCGCUGAGGCCAAGUAUUACCUGGUCCAAGGCCUGGCUGACGAGUGUACAGCUGCUUUGCAGAACAAAGACGCUUUUGAACCAUUUUGUAAAGUGCCUCUGGUGACAUCAUCUAAGGAAGAGCAGCGACUUAUUGCGACCUCAAAUAAGCCUACUGUCAAACUCCUGUAUAACAGAAGCAACAACAAAUACUCAUACACCAGCAAUUCUGACGACAACAUGUUGAAAAACAUUGAGCUGUUUGACAAGCUGUCACUGCGGUUCAAUGGCCGUGUGCUCUUCAUCAAAGAUGUGAUUGGGGACGAGAUCUGCUGUUGGUCAUUCUACGGUCAAGGCCGCAAGAUUGCUGAAGUGUGCUGCACCUCUAUUGUUUAUGCCACCGAAAAGAAGCAGACAAAGGUUGAGUUUCCCGAGGCACGAAUCUAUGAGGAGACCCUCAACAUCCUCCUGUAUGAGUCCCAGGAUGGAAGGGGUCCCGACAAUGCCCUGCUUGAGGCCACAGGAGGUGCAGCGGGGCGAUCCCACCAUCUGGAUGAGGAUGAGGAGCGGGAGCGCAUAGAACGAGUUCGUAGGAUCCACAUCAAACGACCUGACGACCGUACACACCACCACCAGUGACCUUCCUCCUCGCACAUUUUACCCGUGACCCGUCAGCCCUGUGUCUUUGACCCUGGACAGUUACUGCACCACGCUUGUGCCUUACAACACCCAGCGCCUCUCUUUCACUUCCACUCUUAUUUUUACCAGCUUUCCUACACAAGUCUACUGCUGAGAAGAGAGUGUCAUACAAUAGUUUGAAGUGGUGAAGUGAUUUUGUGUGUGUGUGUGUGUUUGUGUGUGUUUGUCUGCUUGUCAGCUUAGCUUGCGUGCUCUGACAGGCCCUAGUGUUUUGUUCCAUGUAUGUUAGUCAUGAAAAUUUCUAUCACUGUUAUCUGCUAGUAUGCAGAAGCCCACGGCCAUGGAUGCUGUUAUUUGGCACAGCAGGUGACCACAUUUUCCACUACAGUAUGUGUGUGAGUGUCACAUUGUGAAUGACAGAGGUUGGUAUAAAGGUUGAAUGAUGAAUUGUCACUGUAAAAUGUUUUUUGUGGUCCUUAUUACAUUACAGCCAGGAGAACAAGAAUUAUAUGAUAUAGCAGCUGAAAAUGAUGUAAAAAAUUUUUUGCUUCUCCUUAUUUUGUUUCUGAGGGGUCUGUUGUGUAGGUCAUCAGUGAAUGAACCAGGUGUUGUACAUGAAAUGGCCGCUUGGUGGCACUAUUUUAUUCUUAGAUGUUACCUAGCCUGCAGCUACUGUGUUGGCAAUUAAACCUUUUUAAAUUUCUUUUGAUAAUUUUGAUACAGUCCAGAUAUCAUGAGUGGAUGCAGCAUUUCAGAGCAGUGCCUCCACCAUACCCGUGUAUGAGAAGAUCAAUACUGUGUCACUCCAUCCCACAAAAAAGUGAUCAUUUUAAAAGGAGGGAACUUGAGCUGUGACCUGAGGUGUUAAAUGUACUGAGGUGAUUAAAUGAUGGAUGCUGAGGUUGAAAUGAAUGACUGUAACCAGAGACCUCCCUGGUAGGAAGGGGACCCUGUCUUGUACAAGCUUUUAACAGGGAGAGAAAUUAGACCUGUCCUUCAUCAUUGCAUUCAUCAAGGAAUGUACUGUUUGCACACAAUAGGUUUAAAUCGAAUUGAAAUGUGUCUCUUAACAAUCACAGUACCUGUAGGUCUGUUGUGCAGAUGUGAACAUAUGUAUGGUUUAUAUUUAUACAUACUUUAUCACAAAUAAAUUUCUACAAACGUA